AUGUCCGAUAUUACACUACGACCAAAGAUCCUAAAGUACAUCCGAAAGAAGGACGAAAACGUGACAAACGCUUUAAUACAUGCCCAGUUCAAAGUUGAAUAUUUCAAUGAGAAAACGGAAAAUUGGACGGCAACUAAAUUUCAAUCAACUACAUAUGUUUUGCGAGAUUUAUGUACCACCGCUCUUAAGCAACAGCAGUGUUUUCUAGAACCUGGAUUUAAUAGUUUCAGGUAUCAAAACACAAUGACUAUUGAAAAUCUCUAUAAUCAAGUUUUGAUUGAACUUGAACAAGGUCUCUGGUCUCCAACAAUGAAAUCAAUAGUUUAUGAUAUGCUUAAAGCUACAGAAUUUCCUGGUCACGUUGACGAUAUGUGGCUUUUUCAGUGGGCUCUGAGUAAAGCAAAACAGAAACUAGACCGAAGAGAUAAAGGGAAACGUAAUCCGGAGGCGAAAGCGGAAACGGAACCGGGGGUAGAGGGCUCCACAUCCAGUAAACACAGGGCCUCAAGCCCAGGAAUACGUAGGGCAGAGAGGGAAGGCCCAGACGCCGGAAUACAGAGGGCAGAACGGGAGGCGGAGAAGUUCGAAGGGGUAAAUGAACAAGGGAAUAAAAGCUUCAAAGCAACUUCUUGGCCCCGAAUCGCAAAUAGUAUGCAUUCCUACAAGUAA